AUGAACAAUCUUCUGAGCAUGAUAACUAACUAUGUUGAGCAAAGAGAUAAAUUACUACUCGAGGGAUGGAUGCAGCGAUUGGAGAAAAACUUUUCCGAUUUCCAGUCAAAUCGAUUGCAGAUGGAACUGCUCGAGGACCCGGGGGCUGAUGCUGCCGCAGCUGUAUGUGACGAGGAAGGGCAUAGAAGAAUCCGAAGUGAAUUCGAGCGCGAUUACAUGAAGGUGUAUGGGUUUAUCGCAUCUAAACUUAAACCAGAACCUACUGCGUCUUCUUCAGGUCAAAAUGGCGUGGCACCAAAAGUUACAGUAAAUGAUUCAUCAUUCGCUCGAAUACGGUUACCAGAAGUGAAGCUUCCCACAUUCGAUGGUACUCUAGCAAAUUGGCUUACCUUUCGUGAUGCUUUUGUAAGCCUGAUCGAUUCUAACCCGCAACUGAAACCGAUUGAUAAAUUUUCGUAUCUUGUUUCCUCUCUCUCUAAGGAGGCAAAACGCGUGAUCGAAUCUAUCGAAAUUACCGCAGCGAAUUACUCAGUAGCUUGGGGACUACUUGAGAAGAGGUUUGACAACAAAAAACUUAUCGUGAGAACAUACAUUGAAUAUUUACUUUCUAUCGAGCCAAUGCGCAAGGAAUGUUAUGAAUCCUUAGCGCGUAUCAUCGAUGAAUUCGAACGCAAUUUGAACAUGAUUCAGAAGAUGAAUGUGAAAACCGAAGGUUGGAGUGUACUACUUGCGCAUAUGCUGUGCGCACGCUUGGAUAGCGCAACGCUCAAACAGUGGGAGCAAUAUCACAGCUCUACCGAAAUCCCAAAAUACGAGAAUGUUAUCGAGUUUUUACGCGGACACUGUUCUAUUCUGCAGUCUUUGUCGUCGACGAAACCCCGUACUGCAGACCAACCCAAAUCAGAACCAGUUCGGUAUCCGAAGCCGAAGUUUAGUCAUGCUGUCAUCACUAAUUCAUCAUCGAAAUGUUGUCCGUUCUGCACACAGUCAUCGCAUUCGCCUUUCCACUGCGAGGCUUUUCGAAAACUUCCCGUUUCCCAACGAUUCGAAAUAGUGAAGAAAAAUUCGCUCUGCAUAAACUGCUUCUCGCCUUCCCACCUCGUCAGACAAUGCCAGUCGAGUUGCUGUCGAGUGUGUGGACAGAAACAUCAUACUAUGUUGCACCAAAAAGCCACACCUCGUUUGUCGGAUUCCAAUCCGAAUCUGAAACCACCAACAACACCCAACCAAUCUCAGUCCACUCGCAAUAGUACAAGUGCUCCUUCUCAGUCCGCCCCGCCCCAACCUUUGCAACCGCCAAACGUUGUGAUUCCGCCAAAUUGUAACCCAUCGACUAGCUAUGUGUCAACUACUCUUCUCGGCAGUAUUCGUACCGUUCCGCUGACUGUUCUACUGCAAACCGCAAUGGUGAAGAUCGCUGAUAGUCACGGUUAUGCUGUAUGGGCUCGUGCUUUAUUAGAUCCUGCGUCGCAGCUGAACUUAAUGACCGAGCAGCUGUCGCAGAAACUGAAGCUACGACGUAUCAAAACUCAUCAGGAAAUCGGUGGUGUGGGGAAUGCCACUGUCAUUUCGUCGUACGCUGUUGACGCUCGCAUAAAAUCACAUUGUUCGACUUUCCUCACGGAUAUCUCAUUCCACGUACUACCGGGCAUUACUCGCGAACUUCCAGCGAAGGCUUUGUGUACCCAAGCGUGGAACAUACCGGUUAACCUCGUUCUCGCAGAUCCUACCUUCCAUCAACCUGGACCCAUUGAUAUGAUUUUGGGGAUGGAAGUCUACUACGAACUUAUCGAAGAAGGUUUGAUUCGUCUUGGUCCGGAUCUACCAGUACUGCAGAAAACAGUUCUCGGAUGGGUUGUUUCCGGCAAGGUCGGCGCAUCGUCUUCACCCACAAUAAGUUUCGUCCACGUCUGCAGUAUUAGUUCACUUGAAGAGCAGUUGUUACGCUUUUGGGAAAUAGAGUCGUGUCAAUCUCGUAGCACCUUAUCGGUAGAAGAAACGCUUUGCGAAGCGCAUUUUGCAGCGACAACUACUCGGAAUGAUUCGGGACGUUUCAUAACUCAUCUCCCGAAAAGGUCGACCGUUCUCUCAAAACUCGGAAAUUCUAAGAAAAUUGCCACACGACGAUUUCUCGCUUUGGAGCGACGCCUUAACGCUAAUCCACAAUUGAAGAAAGCCUAUUCGGACUUCAUCGAGGAGUAUUAUCAGCAAGGACAUAUGGAGGAGAUAACUGAAUCCGAAGGCCUGGAGCCGGAAGCCCCAUCGUAUUAUCUGCCGCAUCACUGCGUCGUAAGACCUGACAGCUUGACUACCAAACUACGCGUAGUAUUCGACGCUUCAUGUGCCACAGAUAGCGGAAUAUCCCUCAACGACGGAUUAAUGAUUGGCCCCGUCGUUCAAGACGAUCUGGUAUCUAUUACUCUACGUUUUCGGAUUCCCCGAUACGCGAUUGUGUCGGACAUUGAGAAGAUGUACCGGCAAAUCCUACUUGCUUCGCUAGACCGUCAGCUUCUCAAGAUCCUCUGGCGAGAUUCCCCGUCAGAACCUCUGCGAACCUUCCAACUGACGACCGUUACUUACGGUACUUCCUGCGCACCAUAUCAGGCAACCAGGUGCUUGCAAGAAAUCGCCAAAAUUGGAGAAGUCACACACCCAGAAGCCUCCAAGGUCGUAUCCAGAGAUUUUUAUAUGGACGACUUACUAACCGGCGUUGAUGACAUCCUGGAAGGCCAGCAGCUGUGUUCCCAGUUGUUGGUUUUGCUUCAGUCUGCUGGAUUUUGUCUCCGGAAGUGGUCUUCGAAUUGUUCGCAGGUUCUCGAACACUUCCCAGCUGAAUUGCGUGACGAACGAACCGUUUUCGACCUGAAUUCCUCCUCCGCUCCUAUAAAAACACUAGGAUUGAAAUGGCAGACUACAACUGAUGAAUUCCUAUUCGACGUACCCAAAUGGAACGAUACCGCUAUAAUCACAAAACGGAUUGCGCUGUCGGAUGCUGCCAAAUUAUUCGAUCCCCUUGGCCUUGUCGGCCCGGUAAUCGUACAGGCCAAAAUCUACCUCCAGGACUUGUGGCGAAGCCAGAAGGAAUGGGACGAACCUCUCGACAAUGACCUCCAACAGCGAUGGCUCGAAUUCCGCAAAAAUCUCGACGCUCUCCGGAAUCUUUCUGUUCCUCGAUGGGUUGUACCAGUCGUCAAACCGGUGUCGAUUGAAAUGCAUGGAUUUUGCGAUGCAUCGGAAAAGGCGUACGGUGCGUGCAUCUACCUUCGUGCCCUAGCUGAAGAUGGAUCAGUCUACAUCAACCUCCUUACCGCAAAAUCGAAAAUAGCUCCUCUGGGAGACUCUCGGAAGCAGAAACGAAUCUGCUUACCUCGGCUGGAACUUUCGGCAGCACUUCUCCUCGCACACUUGUUCCAGAAGGUGCAGAAUGCAAUCUCUCUCGUAACGAAAGCAUUCUUUUGGUCGGACUCUACAAUUGUCCUUCAUUGGUUGUCCGCUACUCCGUCCCGCUGGAAAACCUUCAUCGCAAACCGGGUCUCGGAGAUACAACAUGCAACGGCAGGUGGCUUAUGGGCUCAUGUUUCAGGCUCUGAGAAUCCGGCAGAUAUUAUUUCUCGAGGAAUGGAUCCCGAACAACUCAUAUCAACACAGAAUUGGUGGCACGGACCCGACUGGCUAACCAAUCCCUCUCGCUUUUGGCCUGCUUUCGUACGUACAUCGGAUGAAGACUUCGUUUCAGAAGACCUCGAAGAAAGGCCUGUUACUCUGGCCGUCCAGCUAAUUCCAGCAAAUCCCAUAUUUGCUCUACGUUCAUCGUACACAGCCCUCCUACGUUUAAUUGCGUGGGUUCGAAGAUUUACCUUCAAUACGAGACCUGCUAACCGUACACAUCGUCGACUAGGUCUCCUUAAUGCAGCAGAGCUUGAGGAAGCGUGCAAAUGUCUUGUUCGUAUCGCACAACAAGAAGCCUUUCGAGAAGAGUUCACUUCGUUCGCAAACACUGGUGAGGUCAAAACGUCGUCCAAAUUGAAAGCGUUAACACCGUUUAUCGAAGAAGGCAUCCUGCGAGUUGGUGGCCGGCUGCGGCACGCAAUAAUUUCUCCAGAUCGCAAACAUCCGAUGAUUCUACCAUCAAAACACCCGUUCUCAGAACUAGUUGCUCGAUACUAUCACCUGAAAAUGCUGCAUGCAGGACCGCAAUUGCUAAUCGCAUCUCUCAGGGAGAAAUUCUGGCCUUUGCGCGCUCGAAAUCUUGCGCGUAAGAUCGUACAUUCCUGUAUCAACUGCUUUCGCUGUCGUCCAAGGCUCCAACAGCAAAUCAUGGGCGAUCUUCCGACUGAACGCGUUUCUCCUACGUCGCCGUUCCUGCGCACAGGUGUCGAUCUGUGUGGGCCUAUAUAUUUUCGCUAUCCUCAUCGGAAAUCGCAGCCCAUCAAGGGUUAUGUGGCAGUUUUUGUCUGCCUUUCGAUCAAGGCAGCUCAUAUUGAGCUCGUUGGAGAUCUUUCAACGGCAUCGUUCCUUGCUGCUCUCAGACGGUUCAUCGCACGUCGAGGUAAACCAAGACUCAUCGAGUGCGAUAACGCACGAAAUUUUCGAGGUGCUUCUCGAGAAGUGGCAGACUUGGCCAACCAACUCAGGGAUCAACAACUGCAAAAUGACGUCAUUCGCUCGUGUGCCGAUGACGGCAUAGAUUUUAAGUUUAUCCCUCCUCGUUCCCCGAACUUCGGUGGGCUGUGGGAAGCAGCCAUCAAGUCUUUCAAGACUCACCUCAAAGCCACCCUCGGAAACUCUAUCUUGACAGUCGAACAGCUUACUACACUCUUAGCUCAAAUCGAGAGCUGCAUGAACUCUCGACCUCUUACUCAGAUUUCGCCAGACCCUGAGGACCUCGACGUUCUGACCCCAGGGCACUUCUUAAUCCAUCGUCCACUCGCAACGCUCGCGGAACCAUCAUAUGAACAGCUACCGUUCAACAGAUUAGACCACUGGCAGCAGGUCCAAGAGUUCCUUCGUCGACUUUGGAAACGCUGGGCGACGGAAUAUCUUUCCGGACUCCAGCCAAAAACUAAAUGGACCCGCAAGAAGGACAACAUUAGCAUCGGUACUCUAGUGCUGGUGAAAGAUGACGGAUUACCACCACUCAAAUGGCGCUACGGUAGAGUAACCCACAUCUUUCGGGGUGACGACGGCAACAUUCGUGUCGUCGUAGUCAAGACCAAGGACGGAGAGUACAGGCGCACAAUCUCCAAAAUUUGUGUGCUGCCCAUCGACCAAUCAAUGCCACCUGCAGCGAGUGAAGCUGCCGAUGACCUCUGA